GUCGUUUUAUCCAUAUAUGUAAUACUUCUAUUUGGUUUUAUCUUUCAAACGAUUUUAACCUUGAAGAUUUUUCAUUUCCAUGCCAAUUUAUGUAAACAAUUGUUGAGAUAAUAAUAUUGGACAGACAACAGAAACGAAACGUGUUAAAUAGCUACUUUAUGAUAAGUGCUUUAACUAUAAGACUAUAACACAAUGAUAGCUAAAGUAAUGGAAAUUAUACUCAGUCUCAAUUUUAUAACAUAAUAAUUGACUGUUUGAAUUUGAUUGAUUGAUUAAAGUACGAUAAGGAAAGAUCAAUUUUAAAUACAAAAAUGAAUGGUUAUAAUAGACUGGAAAAUAGAGAAAAUUAUGCAUCUAUAGAAGUUCAUAAUUUCCAAGAAAUAUUAAGUGAAUCACGAGAUUCAGUUGAGUUCAAAAUAUGGGGUUUGAGGGAAAGUAAAAUCAAAACAUUUUUUUAUCAUUUUAUUUGUGUGUUAUUUCUUGGAAUACCAUAUUUUAUAUUAAGUUCUUAUCCAAAGGUUAAAAAGAUUAAAUUCAAUGAAGAAGAGCUGAAGACUGCUUCAGUUUUAUUAGUGUGUGAUAAUCAUGGUCAAUACAAAUAUAUUAAAGUAGAGACUGAAAAUGUAUCCUUGCCGACCAUAAAUCAACUUAGAUAUUUUUUUCAUCAACAUACCAAAUAUCUGUGGGAUGCAAAUAUAAAUGCAUUUGUUACAUUAGAUCAAUUAAUUCCAUCAAAAUCAGUGGAUGACUAUUUAAAAAAUACAGAUGGUCUAACUGAUGAUGAAUACCAAAACAGCUUAGAUUUGUAUGGAUUUAAUAAAAUAGAGGUGGAAAUAAAAUCCUAUUGGACUUUAUUUAUUGAAGAAAUUCUUAAUCCGUUCUACGCCUUUCAAGUAUGUUCCAUUAUCUUAUGGAGUAUUGACGAUUACGCUGUGUAUGCUGCUUGUAUUGUUAUUCUAACUUUAUUUUCUAGUGUAACAUCACUACUUCAAACUCGGAAGCAAAGCGAAGCUCUUCAUGAUUUGAUUGAAUCAUCGAAAUGUCAUGAAGUUACAGUGAUACGUAAAAAAAUAGAAGGGAACCAAAGUAUGGUGAUUGAUCCAUAUCUUCUGGUGCCUGGAGAUCUCAUUGUUCUUCCUGCUUCUAAAUAUAUCAUGCCGUGUGAUGCAGUACUUCUUACUGGCCAGUGUAUUGUCAAUGAAAGUGUUUUGACAGGGGAAAGUUUGCCAGUAAAAAAGCCUGCAUUACAAUCCAGCACAGAAAUUUACAACAUUGAAACACAUAAACGACACACGAUCUUUUCGGGUACAACUGUGAAUCAAACACGUUACUACAAAGGCGAACACGUAUUAGCAAGAGUAGUGCGAACUGGUUUUGAUACGACAAAAGGUUCACUUGUUAAAAGUAUACUAUUUCCAGCACCUGUUGGUUUGAAGUUUUAUAAAGACAGUAUGAAAUUCGUUCUGGUUUUAUUUGUUAUAGCAACUAUUGGAAUGUCAUAUUGUUUAUACCUUUAUAUUUCUCGAUCUGCACCUUUGCGAGAUAUCAUUAUAAGAUCUUUGGAUUUAAUAACCAUCGUUGUUCCGCCAGCAUUACCCGCUGCAAUGGCAGUUGGUACAGUAUAUAGUCAAAGCCGUUUGAAAAAAUUUGGAAUAUUUUGUAUAAGUCCACCCAGAAUUAACGUUUGUGGAAAAAUUAAAAUUGCGUGCUUCGAUAAGACGGGUACUUUAACUCAUGACGGGUUAGAAAUGAGUUGUGUGAUUCCUUGCAAAAAUUCUACAUUUUCCGAACCUGUAAAUGACGUUAACGUUUUGGAUAUAGAAGAUCGAUUGGUUCAAUCAAUGGCUGCCUGUCACUCUUUGACAAGAAUUCAAAAUGAGCUGAAUGGUGAUCCGUUGGAUUUAAUUAUGUUUCGAUUCACAAAUUGGAAAUUAGAAGAACCUGGACAAUCAGAAAAUACUAGAUUUGAUAUGCUAGGGCCAAAUGUAGUGUCACCAUUCUCCCAAAAUGACAUAUUACAGGAUUUGAACAUCGCUAACUACGAACUACCAUAUUUAAUAGGUAUAUUGAAGGAAUUUACUUUUUCUUCGACACUACAAUGUAUGUCUGUAAUAUGUCGUGAUUUACGCCAAACGAAUAUGAUUGCUUUUACAAAAGGAGCUCCAGAAAAAUUGCUCGGUUUGUGUCAUACUGAAAGUAUUCCCAAAGAUUUUCAUGAGAGACUGUCUCAAUAUACCGCGCAAGGUUAUAGAGUUAUUGCUUUGGCUUACAAGGAUUUACCAAAUACUUUUAGAUGGAUCGACGCGGAAAAAGCUAAGAGAGAUAAGAUAGAAUGUGAUUUAACUUUUCUUGGUUUUUUGAUUAUGCAUAAUCCGUUGAAAGAAGAAACUACUCCUGUAAUAAAAAUGUUACAUAAUGCGAAUGUAAGGACAGUUAUGAUAACAGGUGAUAAUAUCUUAACUGCAGUUAGUGUGGCAUAUGACUGCCAUAUGGUGAAUAAGACAGAUGAAAUUUUCAUUAUAACAGUUGAGGAUAACGAAAAUAGAGUUCCUAAAAUUCAUUUUGAAAGGGUGGGAGGUCCAGUAGUUAACGAUUUUGUUACUAUUAAUUUGAAUUUUGAACACCAUCACUUCGCUAUAGAUGGAAAAAAUUGGAACAAAUUAAUUACUCAUUUUCCACAUAUAAUUCCCAAUAUAUUAGUUAAAACUAAGGUAUUUGCUAGAUUCCAGCCCGACCAGAAAACACAGCUGAUAAUGUUUUUUCAAAAAUUGGAUUAUAUUGUUUCUAUGGUAGGCGAUGGUGCUAAUGAUUGUGGGGCUUUGAAAGUAGCUCACGUGGGAGUGUCUUUAUCAGAGGCAGAAGCUAGUGUUGCUGCUCCAUUUACCUCUUCAAUAAAAAAUAUUUCAUGUUUAGUUUAUUUAAUAUUGGAAGGAAGAUGUGCUUUAGUUACAAGUAUGGCUAUUUUCAAAUAUAUGGCGCUUUAUAGUUUGAUACAAUUUUUUUCCGUCCUAAUUUUAUACAAGUUACAUUCAGAAUUGGCAGACUACCAGUUUUUAUUUGUUGACUUAAUAAUAACAACUAGUUUAGCAAUAACUAUAGGAAGACAAGGUCCGUCCGACAAAUUAGGUCCAAAACGUCCGAUGAGUUCAUUGGUUGCAGCCAAAAACGUCAUCCCUCUCUUUUUACAAAUUAUCGUCUGUGCCUCAGUUCAAAUUUCAGCUAUUUUUUAUCUACUUACUCAAAGAUGGUUUACACCUAUCUCAAGCAAUACACUGAAUGAAACACAAGUUUCUUGGGAGAACACUGUAAUUUUCACCGUGUCUUGUUAUCAGUACAUUAUAUUAGCUAUUGUUUAUUCGAAAGGACAACCAUAUCGUGAAAGACUGGUAACGAAUUUCUGGUUUUUAGUAUCGGCUCUUUCAUUAAUAAUAUUUAUUACUUGGUUAAUUGUUUAUCCUUGUAAAUUUAUGGCAGAUUUGAUGGGAUUGGUUUACAUACCACAUGGAAAACGAGUGGAGAAUGAUUUUAAAUAUAGUUUGUUAGUGUUUCCGCUUAUUCAUCUGUGUCUUGCUGCUCUCAUUGAGGUGGGAAUGAGCGAUAGGGAAUGGUUGAAAAGGGCGAUACAAUUUCUUACCUGUAAAUCUACUCCAAAAAAUUUUUACAAUUUGAUUUUAAAAGAAAAUCAAUUUUCGAUGGUAAAUAGUGAUAUUACAUAGAUUGUUGGAAACACUAAAGACAUUAAGUAUAAAAAUAACAAAUGUUUGAACACAUAUUAUUGAAUUGAUAAAUUUGUUUCAAAAUGGUGCUCGAGUUUAUUCCAGUCACAUAUUUGCAUUGAAGAGUUUGAAUUGCAUAUGUUCAAAACAGUAUUUUUAGCAGAAAUAUAUUUUUAAUUAAUUUGCUACCACAUAAACGAAUUGAUAUAGAAUUUAUGAAACUUUAUGUACUCUGUUACUCUGAAUUUAUGGCUAAUGUAUGCCUAUAAAAAAUUUAUGUUCACUACAUUA